UAUUAGGGUAAAUUGGACAUAUUUCUGUAAUAGUAAAUCAAAAGAUAAUAUUUCAUAAUGCAUAUGUUGUGCGAGCGAAUUUCUGCUACAUUCGCCGGAAUACUGGUCGGGCUUUGGUAUGGCAAAACGUUCCCCAAGGAGAAGGAGUCCAAGGACGACAAGGGAAAGGACAAAAAGAAGUAAAAGCAGAUCUCAGCAUGAAGUGAGAAACGCUGAACAAGAAAAUAUCAAGCAGCCCGGCAUAUCCCUGGUAUGGAUAAAUAACUCCUUGUUUAAGGACAUGUCUCAAUUGAAUACUAGAACAGAACAUCUAUAGGAUGCUGAAGAGGAUUCGGAACGGGCAGUCCAAAGUACGAACACAGAUACAGACAAAUAUGAAUAUUGGCAUUCGAUUUACUAUUAGAAUAAAAUCCAGCAUUUAGCGCUCAUUUAA